AUGAAUCCAGAAAGUCCGUCUAAUUCUUUCGAAUAUUCCACACAACAGUCUGUAGUUAUCUCUGGAAAAUAUGUACCAAGUUUGGCAUCAACUACAUACGGUGGUCCAAAUUCAGAAGUAUCAGGAGGAGCUGGAACCUCCGGUGAUUCGUCAGCUUCUGCAACUUCUACAACUAGCGGAAGUGCCGAACCAUCUACCACCACAGCAAGUGGAAGCACAACAACAUCAUCAUCAACCACAGCUGAUCCAUCAUCAACAACUACCUCUGCAUCCGGUUCAACAAGCACAACUUCAGAUUCAUCCAGUUCUACAGCACCAUCUUCUACUACCUCGUCCUCCACAACUUCAGAUUCAUCAAGCUCUACAGCACCAUCUACUACCUCGCCAUCCACUACUACUUCAUUCUCUACAACUUCAGAUUCAUCUAGUUCCACAGCACCAUCCACUACCUCUUCAAACUCGACAUCGUCAACAACAGGAGUACCAAGCACAACAUCAGGUAACUCCACCUCCAGCAGCUCUAGUUCAGACAGUUCAACUACUACUGGAGUAAGCACAACAAGCUCUAGCUCAGACAGUUCAACCACUACUGGAGUCAACACAACCACCACCACUACUACAACUACUGGAUUAAACACAACCACUUCUGGUACUACUUCAAAACCAACAACAUCCACUUCUGGUACUACUUCAAAGCCAACAACAUCGACUACCACUGUUAAUCCGGGUACAGGAACUACAAGUGAUCCAUCUAGCGACAGCUUUGAUCCAUUUGAAGAUGCUAGUUCUUCUUCAAAGUUAGCAAUUGUUUUCCAAUCUACUUUAGUAAUAAGCUUAUUAUCUGCAUUGGUGGUACAAUUAAUUACAUUAGAUCAUAUCAAAGAUGAUAUAAGAAAUAUAGAGAGAUUAGAGCAAAAUAGUGAAUAUCUAAAUGACUUGGUACUUCAGUUUCAAAAAGAGAAACAUCAUAACGACAGUUCAAAUAAUAACACUCUUGAUAUUCUAGACUAUAUUUUAAAGAACGUUGAUCUGGACGAUGAUAUCAACGGUAGCUAUGAAUAUCUAAAAGAGAUAGUAGAUACUAAAAUAACUGAUAGAAUAAAGUCAAUUUCAAAUACAAGUAGUUCAAAUUUAAAUAAUCUUUUAAAUAACAACAGCAGUAAUAACAACAAUAAUAAUAGUAGUAGUAUUGAUAGUAAUAAUAAUAGUAGUAGUAGUAACAACAGUAAUAGUAAAAAGAUAUCAAAGAAUAAUAAAAAUAGUAAAGAUGAUGAUGAUGAUGAAGAUGAAGAUGAAGAUGAAUCCGCUCAAUCAGAUGAGAAUGAAGAUGAUGAUGACGAUGAUGAAGAAGAUCAACAAGAUGUAAAUAAAGAAGCACAGAAUAAAAAGAAUGAAAUUAUACUUAGAAAGCUAAAUCAGUUGAAAGCCUAUGAUGAUACAUUCAACCAAGCAUUUAAAUUCAUUGAAACAGACAAAUGGCUAAACUCUAAAGGAUUGGAUUUAAUAGAUGAGAAUGAAGGUUCAAUCAACAAAGAGUUAAAACAAAAUAUAGAACAUCUCAACCAGCUUUUAGAUCAACUUUCAAAUCAACAAAAACAACAACAACAACAACCAUCGACAUGA